AUGUUGACCUUUCAAGCUGAACAUAUCUUCCCUUUUUCAUUCCGAGAUGUGGCCAUAGGAAUCUGGCACAAAUAUCCCAAUCAUCUAUCCGAGCAUAUCACCUCUGUAGACGUCUUAGAUCGCUCUUUUUUAUCUGAUGGAACUCUUCGAACAGAGAGAUUGAUCACCAUUCGACAAAAUGCACCUCGUUGGAUCAUGAAGCUAGUAGGUGGUGCAGAAGAACAAUUUGUGCGAGAGGUGAUCUUUUCUAAACCAGCAGGCUUAUCAGGAUCUGGAUCUCCGGCAAUGAUCCUUAUGGGAUCUGUUAAUCUUUCGAUGUCUUCGAUCAUGAUUUGCAAAGAGAAAAUUCGAUACGAGGCAUCACCUAAUAACGCCAAGCACACUAUCUUCAAGCAGAUUGCCGAAAUGGAGGCACAGGGACGAUUAGCUACAGGUCAGACUUGGCAAGCUAUUGGCAAGCAGGUCGAAUCAUGGGGCAGGGAUAGAUUUGCAAAAAAUGCUGCAACUGGCAGGGAGGGUUUCACAAGUGUCUUGAAUGCCCUUUUUACCAAUCAAGGAUCACCUGAACUAAAUCGAGCAAAAAACCCAGAUUCAACUUCACAGCAAUCUCGGCCAAACCUUAUCAAUGCUUAA